GGGAGCUCCAGCGCAGAACAACAGCUCUCCAACCUCAUCGUCAUCACUGUUGUCCAUCUUCCCCUCGUCUUGCUUCUUCAUUUUACCCCUUGGGAUACACCUACCAUCUCUUCUUCUGACAUAUUGCUUCCUAAACACUUUACAUAGAUUCUUCCGACUCCGCCAUGCCUGCCACAACGGCGGAUGCCAUCUCCCUCUCUACGCGGACCGUCACUGUCGCUCCGUUAGUUCUUCUUUCCGUCGCAGAUCACUAUGGGCGUUCGGCCAAGGGAACCCGGAAGCGUGUUGUUGGUGUGCUUCUAGGAGAGAAUACGGGUAGCACCGUCCGAGUAUCAAACAGCUUUGCUGUUCCAUUCGAGGAGGAUGAGAAAGACCCAUCUGUUUGGUUCUUAGAUCACAAUUUCGUCGAGUCGAUGAGAGACAUGUUCAAGAAGAUCAAUGCUCGCGAGAAGCUAAUCGGAUGGUACCACUCGGGUCCCAAAUUGCGGGCCUCCGAUCUCGAGAUCAAUGAAUUGUUCAAACGAUACACACCUAACCCGUUGCUGGUCAUUGUCGAUGUGCAGCCUAAGGAGGUUGGCGUUCCUACUGAUGCCUAUUUUGCCGUUGAUGAGAUCAAGGAUGAUGGUUCAACAACAUCCAAGACCUUCGUUAAUACCCCGUCUAUAAUCGAGGCCGAGGAAGCAGAGGAAAUCGGUGUGGAACAUCUUCUCCGCGAUAUCAGGGACGUUGCCGUCGGAACUCUUUCCACCCGCAUAACCUCGCAGCUGCAAUCGUUGCAGGGCUUGCAUCUACGACUCCGCGACAUCGGUCAAUACCUCCAGAAAGUUCUCGAUCACGAGCUACCCAUUAACCAUACCAUUCUGGGCAAUCUCCAGGAUGUCUUCAACCUGCUUCCUAACCUGUCGACUCCGGCAGUGACACCACGGAUCAGCGGUUCCACGGAUCCUCAGUCCGACAACAGCGACCUGGCCCGAGCGAUGAGCAUUAAGACCAAUGAUCAACUAAUGGCCAUCUACUUGAGUAGCUUAAUUCGCGCAAUCACGGCAUUCCACGACUUGAUAGAGAACAAGAUCCAGAAUCGUCAGCAACAAGAGGAGAAUGAGUCGAAGAAGGAACAAGAGGCAAACGCAGCUAAGGCUGAUAAAGAAGCCGCGAAGAAGAACAACGGGACUGUAAAUGGGGAACAAAAGGAGGAACAGGAAGGUUCCAAGGAGAAGCCUAAGAAGAAGGGUUAAAGAGAACGGUGGGCAAUCUCACGGUUCUGUCUGUGGCCGGAUCGGCUCUCAGUUAAUACGAAACAACCAAGAGCAAGUCAGUCACCGCACCGAAAUGUAUAUUACGGAUAAUCUCGAGAUAGAUCCUCAUUUCUGGCUGGUCAUAUGUUGGACAGCUCUACAAUCCAGGUUUAUCACGUAUUGACGGCAUAACGGGCAUGCUAUUUAUUUUUUCUCCUUCUUCUUCUUGAUAUAUCAACAUUGAACAAUCGAGUCUCCGACCAGUGAUUCAGUAAUGGAAGCGUAAUCGUUCUUCCAAUUCUCCUAGGCUCUUGCACAUGGUCGUAAAUCCUCAGCAUUGAAAAUGCUAACCGGUUAUAAGAAUUCGUGACUGCCUUCAGUCCGGA